AUGCCGUCACUCUUCGCACCCGCCCGCUCCUCGCAGCACCGGACAGCAUGCUUCGCCCUCUACCGGUCCCUCCUCCGCCAAGGCCUGCGUGUGCCCCUCCCCGAUGAACUCUCAACGGCCUCGCCCCUCGGGCCCGCCAACCCAAUCCAAACCCUCGUCCGCAACGCGUUCCACCGCAACAAGCGCGACACCUCCCCGCGCCUCGUCGUAUCCGCCCUCAAGAAUGGCUACCGCUACCUGACCCUCCUCUCCCGCGCCGCCGACCCAACCAGCCCGGAACACACCGAAGCCCUCAUCUUCCUGCGCAAGAACCAAGCCCGCGUCGUAGCCCUGAAAGCCAAGGCCGCCGAGGCCGCCGCCAAGCGCAUCUCGACGGCGCCCAUCGAGGGCCACGCGCCCCUCCUCAAGCGCGUGUCGGCCGACGGCGAGCCCCCCGUCUACGAGCCCGCCCUCCCGCCGCGGCCGCUCGAGGCGUUCAAGACGGGCGUGCGCAAACCGCCCACGCUGUCCGCGACGCUGGGCGUGCCCUUCCUGCGCUUCUGGAAGCCCCAGCCGAGGUUCCUGGAGCGGGUCAUCCGCCAGAAGUCGCAGCGCAGGGCGAAGCGGAUUACGAGGAUUAUAGAGAUGCAGGGCGGGGAGGAGAUGGAGAGUGCCAUUGAGGAGGAUCAGUGGGAGAGGUUGGUGGAGAAGAUGCUGGCGGAGAAGGAGGGGCGGCCGGUGCUGCCGAUGACGAGGGGGGAGAACACGUACAAGCAGUCGUUGUGGGAUGCGAUAUCGUACCUGUCGUAUGUGUCUGAGAUAGAAAGGGUGGAUCUUCAGGCGCGCGGAGAAGCCAUGUGGAAGAUUGUGUUGACGGAGCAGGAGAUGGCGCUGCAGGAGGAGAAGGACAGGCUCGUGCGGGAGGGGAGAGAGGGCGAGGAGCCGAAGGUCAGGGUGUGGAGGAGGCCAGUGCAUAAGAAAGUUCCCAGGACGGAUGUGAACGAGAGGAAUAAGCCGGUGGAAGAGCUGAAGCUGAGCAUCAGGCGGGUGGCGGUGCGCAAAGCAAGCCCGAAGGCUGGUUCUGAUGGCAACGCACGGGGGGGAACAAAACCGGCCGAGCCGUCAACGGAGAGUGGGUCGUCAACAAAAUCCGAAGCCCCAACACAUACCAAGCCGUCAAUGGAAACUAGGUCCUCAAUGGAGACUAGGCCGCCGAUGGGAACUGAGCCGCCAAAACAGACUUGA